AUGGUAACGAGUAAUGGAUCUGGACCUCGCGAACGUCGCCGCCGCACUUCAAUAACAACAUCGUGGAUGAACCCAUCGAGAGACAGAAAUGUGGAAACAAUGCCGGGACUUGCACGACGAGUGAAGAAAGGUCAUCUAAGUGUCUAUAAUGGGAGUAGUGCCGUAGAGCAGCUGGCGACGAAACCGUCCGACAUGCUUUCGAAGCAAAACGAUUUUGUAAUGAAGAAACAUCUGUUCUUCCAGUUUUUGAAAGCUUCAUGA